AUGGAAAUAGCCCGGCCACCUUAUUUCUCUGGAACAAAAAUAAAGAGUAGCCCUUCCGAUAUGAAAGCCGCCACCGUAUUGGCAGUUGCCGUGAUUCUCUUCAUUUCAACCGGCUCAGGCCAAGUCGUGCCCAUCGCUCCCUGGUAUCAUUUGCACAUUCUCAACGGAUUGAGCCCCGACAAAAUCUUGCUCGUUCACUGCCAGUCUAAAAACAAUGAUCUUGGCGUCCAUAAUAUUCCGGUGAACUCGGAAUUUCAUUGGAGUUUUAGAACGAAUGCUUGGGGCACUACGCUUUUCUGGUGUUACUUAGCCCCGGAUGACCACUCUCAUGCAGACUUCAACGCGUUCCAGGAUAAAGAAAAAAUCACUGACAGUUGCGACGGUAAUGGCAAUUGUUGCUGGAUUGCUAAAGAUGAUGGAGUUUAUCUGAGGGAUUUUCCGAAGAACAGUACUGAUAAUCUCAAAUAUCAUUGGGUAGCGGGAACCUGA